GGGCGCGGGCUGGAGGGUCUUGCUCAGCCCUAUCGGUCUCUUGCCUUUCCAUGAGCUACGGGGCACAGAAACCCCUUUUCUGAGGGUUCUUCCCUCCUGUGUAUUGACCAUCCCUGUCCCGGCAUCUCGAUGUUAUUUGAGAGGCGCUGGAGAAAAACGCUGAAUUGGGGCCGAGCUGAGGCGCCCAUGGCUGGCGGCAAUUGGGGUGACCUCUGGGACCCUUGGCCUGCCAAGUGUGGAAUUGUCCCAGGACCUGCUAGCCCAGGACAGAUUGCAGAGAUGGGUGAAUGGAGUGCCAUGGCUCUAAAAGGACAAGAAGAUUAUAUUUAUCUUUUCAAGGAUUCAUCACAUCCAGUGGAUUUUCUGGAUGCAUUUAGAACAUUUUACUUGGAUGGAUUAUUUACUGAUAUUACCCUUCAGUGUCCUUCAGGCAUAAUCUUCCAUUGUCACCGAGCUGUUUUGGCUGCUUGUAGCAAUUAUUUUAAGGCAAUGUUCACAGCUGACAUGAAAGAAAAAUUUAAAAAUAAAAUAAAACUCUCUGGCAUCCACCAUGAUAUUUUGGAAGGCCUUGUAAAUUAUGCAUACACCUCCCAAAUUGAAAUAACUAAAAGAAAUGUUCAAAGCCUGCUUGAAGCAGCAGAUCUGCUACAGUUUCUCUCAGUAAAGAAGGCUUGUGAGCAGUUUUUAGUAAGGCAUCUGGAUAUCGAUAACUGUAUUGGAAUGCACUCCUUUGCAGAAUUUCAUAUGUGUCCAGAACUAGAAAAGGAGUCCCGAAGAAUUCUGUGCUCAAGGUUUAAGGAGGUAUGGCAACAAGAAGAAUUUCUGGAAAUCAGCCUUGAAAAGUUUCUCUUUAUCUUGUCCAGAAAGAAUCUCAGUGUUUGGAAAGAAGAAGCUAUCAUCGAGCCAGUUAUUAAGUGGACUGCUCAUGAUGUAGACAAUCGAAUUGAACGCCUGUAUAAUCUCCUAAGCUAUAUCAACAUAGAUAUAGAUCCAGUGUAUUUAAAAACAGCUUUAGGCCUUCAAAGAAGCUGCCUACUAAUUGAAAAUAAGAUAUGCUCUCUAAUAUAUAAUGCCUUGAAUCCCAUGCAUAAAGAGAUUUCUCAGCGGUCCACAGCCACAAUGUAUAUCAUUGGAGGCUAUUACUGGCAUCCUUUAUCAGAGGUUCACAUAUGGGAUCCUUUGGCAAAUGUUUGGAUUCAGGGAGCAGAAAUACCAGAUUAUACCAGGGAGAGCUAUGGUGUUACAUGUUUAGGACCCAACAUACAUGUAACUGGAGGCUAUAGGACAGAUAAUAUAGAAGCUCUUGACACAGUGUGGAUCUAUAACAGCGAAAGUGAUGAAUGGACAGAAGGCCUGCCAAUGAUCAAUGCCAGGUAUUAGCACUGUGCAGUCACCUUGGGUGGCUGUGUCUAUGCUCUAGGUGGUUACAGAAAAGGGGCUCCAGCAGAAGAGGCUGAGUUCUAUGAUCCGUUGAAAGAGAAGUGGCUUCCUAUUGCAAAUAUGAUUAAAGGUGUGGGAAAUGCUACGGCCUGUGUCUUACAUGAAGUUAUCUAUGUUAUUGGCGGCCACUGCGGCUACAGAGGGAGCUGCACCUAUGACAAAGUGCAGAGCUACAAUUCAGACAUCAACGAAUGGAGCCUUAUUACCUCCAGUCCACACCCAGAAUAUGGACUGUGCUCAGUUCCAUUUGAAAACAAGCUCUAUUUAGUCGGUGGACAAACUACAAUCACAGAGUGCUAUGACCCAGAACAAAACGCAUGGAGAGAGACAGCUCCCAUGAUGGAAAGGCGGAUGGAGUGUGGGGCUGUCAUCAUGAAUGGAUGCAUCUAUGUCACCGGAGGGUACUCCUACUCAAAGGGGACAUAUCUUCAGAGCAUUGAGAAAUACGAUCCAGAUCUUAAUAAGUGGGAAAUAGUGGGCAAUCUCCCAAGUGCCAUGCGGUCUCAUGGAUGUGUUUGUGUGUAUAAUGUCUGAUUGAGUCCUCGGGACUGACCAGGUUAUCACUAUUUAGGGAUAUAGUAAAAAGAAUGCAGAGUUUGGAGUGCCUUACUUGUUAUUGUGGUUUGGCACAUGCUAGGGGAUUGGUAAAUUUUAAUUCCUAACCCUAUAUCAUUCCCAGACCCAGUGAUUAAUGGCAAGAAAAAUAUUAUGUAUGUAUACAGUUCAAUUAGUAGGGUUAACCCCCGUAAUCUCUAUUUUUCAAAGGUAGAAUGGAUAUUUGAUACUUGGUAAAAGGUGAAAUAUCUUUGUAGUGAAUCUUUCUUCCUGGUAGCAUCAACACUGGGUAUAGGUCAAAAAAUCAUUCAUUAUGAAAUGUCUGUUAAGAGCUUGUGAUCUGCCAAGUGUGGUGGUAUACUCGAGGCAGACACAGGCCUCUGUGAGUUUUAAAAAGCCUAUGAUAUAUCAACGUAUAUUGAGGCUUUGUUUAGAUGGCGGGAAUUUGAAAUGUCAAGAGGAAACCUUCUCUACCUCUACAAAAUCAACACUUAAAAAUGUUUCCCUAAAAAAAAAAAAAAUGUUUCCCUUUAGGAUUAGAGUGUGGAUUUGCUUUAAGUAUAAUUUUUCCUUUUGUCAUGUAUAUAAUUUAUUGCUAGUAUUUUUUAUUUACGGUCAUAGCUAUACAAAAUACUGUACAAGCCGGGCGUGGUGGCUCAUGCCUUUGAUCCCAGUGCUCAGGAGGCAGAGGCAAGUGGAUCUCUGUGAGUUCAAGGCCAGCGUGGUCUAUAUAGUGAGUUCCAGGCCAGCUGGGACUACAGGGAUACCCUGUCUCAAAAGACCAAAAAAAAACCCAAAACACUGUACAAAAGAUUGUUAUUAUUCAAAAAGUUUACAACUAAAUUUAAAAGAAGAGUAGGUCUAAAAAUGUAUAGAGAAAAUAGUCAAAUAUUUGC